ACAGACGUUUUACUCUUCCUCCUUGAGCUCAAGUUCAGACAGAGGACAUUGCCUUUUGAGGAUUCUGCUUAACAAAUGUAGUUGCUGGAUGAAGUCAGGCAGUCCUUAAUGUUCCUUUCUACAAUGCAAAACAGACCUGUAGAAAUGCAUAAGAAGCUGCUGAGGAGCUUCUAUCCUUCAGUUAGUCCAGCUAUGGCGCUGCACAUUACUCUGCUUCUCACCACUGCUUUGUUCUCCAGCACAGGGACACAAGCACUGACGCUGAAGUGUAACGAAUGUAUACCAGAUUCUACUGGAACAUGCACUACAAAUCAGAUAACCUGUUCAUCCCGUUGUAGCUCCAUAACCACAACUGUAUACGUAGAUGGCAAAUCAGUGGUAAGCAGCGCUGCAAAGACUUGCGCAGGUCCUGUUUCAUGUGUUACUGGGAGCAUGAAUUCUGGAAAAAGCAAAGUGACCCUCAACUCCGAGUGCUGCGAUACAAAUAUCUGCAACUCUGGAAAAGUACUAGAUUUGCCGGUAAAGCCUCCAAAUGGGAAGAAAUGUUUCACCUGCAAUGGCACUGCAGACUGCACAAGUACAAUGGCUUGUGAGGGUAAUGAGACUCAGUGCUUUAUUACAACAGCUGAUGUUAAUGGAAAGAAGGUGACCACGAAAGGCUGUUCAAGCACGCUGUUCUGUGGGAACGGGACACUGGCCCUGGGAUUACCUGUACAGUCCUACGGCUUUGGUGCUUACAUGAAAUGUUGUGAAGGAAACCUGUGUAAUGGCGCUCAGAGCUUAAGAGUUUAUUUCCUAAUGCUGGUACCACUUCUCUCUCUAUUUGUCUUUUUAUUUUAGAGUUUUGCUUUUAAAAAGCACUUCUCUCUAAUUUGUGUUCUGGUAUAAAGAUCAGGCCUCUUUCCACAGUUUUAUCAUUUAAUUCUAAAGCUAAGCAAUGACAACUAGGUCUAUGCAUUUUUUUCACUUGGUUCAAGUGUGGGGCCAAUGUACAUGUUUUUGGAAGUUGGUUGAAUAAGCCUCACGUGAUCCACAUCAAAAUAAAAAUAAGUAAAUAAAAUCCAUCUCAUUGGCUCUUUCACAGACUGUGAGACGCGUUUCCACAUGUUAUAACAUCAUAAGAUUUUUGUUUAAAAAAAAGAAGAAAAGUAGGCUAAGAGUGUCAUCGUUGAGCCCGGGGAUUGAUUGAGGAGAUGGCACCUCUUAGUGGUGGUGGAGAGGACUGUAGUGGAUGUGGAACACUUAGAAAGAUGCUUUUCUUGUAGUUUCUUGUAGUUCUUUCAGCGUAGUGAUUACGAUUUGUGUAACCACAGUUUCAAGACAUCUAGUUUUAAAUAAGAUAAUAUACAAUUAUCUUUAAAUGGGACAUAUAAUAAAAAAAAAAUCCUUCAAUAUUUGAAAAUCUAAAAGUACUGUUUUAAAAAGGUUUCUGAAAAUAAAAGUGACCAUUUCCAUAAGACAAUAUGAGAUUAAAAAGGUAAGGGGAAAAAAACGGUGUCCUAACAAACUGUCAAAAACAUCAGUGGAGAGAAUGAAGAAGCUCAUGGAUUUGGUCGACAUAUAAUCAAAUAAAGAAGUGAAGUCUGCAC